GUGUGUAUUUCUGAAUCAAAAACCCCUAAAUAAAAAUUAGUUCUUAAAUUUUAUCGUCGAGGAAAAAUGGCGAUGGCUUUGUCCAACACGACCACAAGCUCUAACCUCUACCACUACUCAAUUCUGUCGCCGUUCUCACCGCCGUUUCACCUUCACCGUCGAAGCAUCGUCCUACUCGCUAGUCCUUGCCGUUUACGCCGCCUCGCAGUUGCUGGUGGUCCUCCUCCUCCUCCAGGUCCUGAUCCGCCUCCGCCUGAGGACACCACUCAGCUUGCAGGUCUUGUGGGAGCUGUAACAAGGAUUCAAGACCGCGUAAAGAUCUUCCUCGCAGUGUUUUUUUGGAUGUUUCUCUUCUUCUGGGUUACAGUGACAGAUGGGAGGGGUAAAGGCAAAGGCAAGAAAGUGACUUUAUCAUAUACUCUCUCUGUUUCUGGUAGUAGAAAAAAGUCUAAAACCAUAGAGUUAACAAAGAGAAGAAGAGCAGAGGAAAACAAAAUCCCUAAAAUUUUCAACCGUCUUCUACUCCGUGAAGCAAAAGGAAAGGAGAGAGAGAUGGGUGGUGAAGAUGAAGUUGUAUCUGUUGAGCUACCAGCACCUUCUUCAUGGAAGAAAUUGUUUUAUCCCAACAAAGUGGGUUCAGUGAAGAAAACAGAGAUUGUGUUUGUUGCUCCAACGGGUGAGGAGAUUAGUAACAGAAAGCAGCUGGAGCAGUAUCUCAAAUCCCACCCUGGAAACCCCGCGAUCGCUGAGUUUGAUUGGACGACUAGUGGGACACCUAGGAGAUCUGCAAGAAUCAGUGAGAAGACUAAGGCUACGCCGUCACCAGAUAAAGAGCCACCCAAGAAGCGAGGUAGAACCAAAUCUCCAGGGUCAAAGAAAGAUGCAGAAGUUGAGAAAUCAGAGGGAGGAGAGGAAUACUCUCAUGUGAAAGAUACUGAAAUGAAUCCUCCAGAGGGAAACGUCGAUAAUGAUAAUGGCUCUGGUGAAACUGAGAAGGUGAAUGAUGCAAAAGAAAACAUGGUUGCCAAGGAAACUCCAAAUGCAGCUCCAGUUCAAGAAGCGGGUGAGUCGGUGAAGGAGAAAGCCCCGGAUUCAGUUGAAGAUAGUAGUAAGGAGAGAGUGGAGUCUCAGACUGACAAAGAAAAAGAGACUGGCUCAACUGAAAAGAACUCGGUAGAUACAGAGAAGAAGACCGUUGAAGCUAGUGAUGAGCAGAAGAAUUGUGAAGCUGAGACCAGAAACCAUGAGGAAAAUGGUCUGACAACAGAAGCUGAGGGGAAAGAAAAAACCGCAGAAGCAGAAGCUACCGAAUAGCCCUGCUCUACUCUGCUUCUGUUAGCUCAUGAAACUGUAAGUCAGUUGUUUCUAUCAA